AUGAACCUCACGGAGGCGCGCAAGGUGCAGCUGACGUGUGGGCUGACAGGGGUCACUGCGCUGGGAUGGGCCACGUCCCCACACGUCCGCUGUGCCAGCCUGCUGGUGGCCCCCAAGUUCCUGGGCAAGGAGGGUCGGGUCUUCGUCCUCUCCUUCGUCCUUGCUGCUAUCUACAAUGGGCCCGUGGCCAAUGUGUGGCACAACCUGGACGAGGUGAUCCACGCGGUGGGCUGCGUGACGGAGCUGCAGGUCAACCACAGCCGCCACCUCUGGCGGGUGUCCACGGUCCCGCUGCGCAUGGUGAUGGAGGACAUGGUGAAGAGUGGGCAGAGGCUGAACACCGAGACGCAGAACAUCUCGCGCGCCUUCGUGGGGCUCAACGAGGAGGUGGCCAGCAAGGAGGGGUACGACCUGAAGCAGGGCGAGCGCACGGACUCCCAGGCCACGCUCAGCACCCAGAAGCUGUACGAAAUGAAAACCAAGCUGCGCUGCACGUAUGUGGUGGACCAGGCCAUGCAGCGGUGCCGGGACUGGUUCGACACGAAGCACAAGGCUUGCAAGGCGCUUAUUGUCGUGCCCCUCAUCAGCCACCUCCUCUGCUUGCCCAUGAAGUUCAAGUUCCUCUGCCACAUCGUCAAGGUCAUGCACAGCUGGUGCUGGGACAGGAUCCCUGUCGAGGGCAACUUUGGGCAGAUGUACGACAUGCUGAACACCUCCGUCAACAACCUCAGCCAGCACUUCAGCGCCAAAGUGGUCUUCCAGGAGGAGCACCAAGAGAUGCUGGUGGGCAUCAACGUGUCCGGGGAGCAGAUCGUGGAGGAGGUGACCUCGCAGAUCCAGCAGCACAGCACCCGCCUGGGCCGGGCCGUCUCCUUCUUCCGCCUGCUGCUCUCCUUCACCUUCCUCCUCGUCUUCAUCUCGGCGUUCUCCUACACCAAGAAGUACUGCCAGGACAUCUGCUUCGACAACUUCUACAUCACCACCUACUUCCGCCAGAUCGACGCACGUCGCAAAAAGCAGAACAAGCGGACGCUGCUGCCGCUGCGCCGGGCAGAGAUCCCUGCCGUGAUAUUUCCAUGCCGCUUGGCCAUGCAGCCCCGCGAGCUGCAGAGUGUGGUGCUGGAGCUGCUGGAGUGCAUCCCGCCCCUGCUCCUGCUGCUCCUCGCCUGGGGCCUGGACCACACGCUCUACACCAUGCUGAGCGUCAUCCACCAGCACUCCUUCGUGCAGUACUCCUUCCGCAGCAGCCACCACUUGGCUGUGCACGUGACGGGCACGUCCCUGAUGGCUCGGCUCCUGCGGAGCACCAUCGGGUCCCUGAACUCCUCCUCUGACACAGAGCUGGAGACGUCCAACUUCGCCUGCCUGCCGCAGCCCCGGGGCAUGACGCUGCAGCAGUACGUGGACAGCUGCCUGCCCCUGGCCGUGCUGGUGCUGCUCUGCCUGCUCCAGGUCUACAUGUACCGCCUGCGCCGCGCCAUCGCCGCCUUCUACUUCCCCAAGCGGGAGAAGAGCCGUGUGCUCUACCUCUACAACAAGCUGCUCCGGCAGCGGCAGUGCUUCGUCCGCCUGCAGAGGAAGCGCAUCGCCCGGCGGGCACGCCGCUACCCAGCCCUGGUGAGCGGGGACGGGGACGUGGGUUGGCACCUCACCAGGGAGCUGGCCCCCCCCGACUAUGUCGGGAUGUGCAGCCCAGGGUGUUCCCCGCUCCCCAGCUCCAUCGUAUUUGCCCCAUGGGGUGGCCGGUCCUCCCCACGGGGCUGCUGUAGCCCCACGUGUCCCCGUCCCUGCUGCAGGGGACGUCCCUGCUGGAGUGGUGCUGCCGGCGCUGGCCGCGACUGCGCCGCUGGGUGCGCCGGCCGUGCACGGUGUGCGGGGAGCCCGAGUCCCCCCAGGACCACCAGGCCUGUCCCUCGCCUGCCUGCGGCACCACGUACUGCGGGCCCUGCUGGAGGGAUGUGGGCCGUGUGUGCCCUGCCUGCACCCCUGGGGACCACGGCCUCUCUGAGGACAGCAGCGAGGAGCAAGAGGGGUACGCGGCCUGAGGGCGCCCGGCACCCCGCAAUAAAGGCUGUGUCUCCCCCCCCGAGGCAGGUG